AUGCCCCCUUCCCAAGGUGUUCCUCGUCACUUCCAAGUGUCUAGGUUUCUAGAGCUCUUAAAAACCUCGCAAUUCGCUUGGUUUGCGGGCCAUCUCGUGGCUCUUGCCUCUGCAUUUUUAUACCUCGUUACGUUCAGAGGAGGUUCUUCCGGUGCGCACAACACCUUUUAUCGCGUGUUGUAUCUCGGUGUCAUUGAGUCGUUUGGCAUCAUCAUCUACCAGCAACACUUCAAGCGUGGCACACCUGCUGCCGGCGCCAGCAGCGCGGGCCCUAGGCCCCCUGUGUUGCAGCUGAUUUUGCGUGAUGACAACGCGCUCUAUGUCGCUCUAGCCUUCAUGUGGCUGCUGACCCCUCGCCUCAGCUUGACGAUGUUCCCAUAUGUCGUGUUCUCAUUCUUCCAUUUCCUAACCUACCUCAAGUCAGUGAUACUACCUCAGGUGUUCGAAAUUGGCGCAAAAUCGCGGCUUGUGAUGGCCAUUGACAAGUUUGUGCGCGAGAACAGCGAUCGCUCCAUGGUGUGGUCCAGCUUUAGCGAGCUGGUGUGUCUGGCCUUAGUCUUGAUGCGCGCGCUAUUAUGGUACCCCAAGUCAUGGAUCACAGCCAUUGUCUACUGCUUGUUCAUCAAGAUAAGGUACGAGACCUCCCCAUACAUGAAGAGUGGUGUCAAGAAGUGGGAGGUGCGUUUAGACGGCUUGGUCAGCCACCCACAAGUGCCAGCGGCCUUGAAAAACGGUUACGUGCUCUUUAAAAACAACAUCCGGGAGCUACGAAAGUACAACCUGUCCGGUACUGCUCCCCCAAAGAGUAUGUAA